AUGAUCGAUACGGCGUCUCAAGACCUGCUGCGAGUGUCGGUUUGCGAUGAUGGAGAGCUCCAAAAGAGCACGGCUCAUAAUAUUGGGUAAGACUAUUCUUUUUUGCUAUUUUGUGUCUCAUUUUUUCCUUGCAGAACCCGAAAAAUCGAUCCGGAACAAUGGAUCGCGUGGGCGUGCGAGUGCAAAUAUCUGCCCGAAUCCGACGCCGUCGCGCUUUGUGCCACGUCGGUUUUUCUGAAUUUUUCUUUCUACUAUUUUCCCUUAUUUGCUGCACCCUUAUUUUCUGCAGGAAGCCUUGCUGCAGGAAACUUCAAAAUGAAUUUCAAUAACCUUUUUGCAGACUAAUCGACCGUCUCUCGCUGGAAUCGAACGUGGUCCCGGUGACGUCACCGGUCACCGUUUGCGGAGAUAUCCACGGACAAUUUUACGAUCUUCUCGAGCUGUUCCGGACUGGUUAGCCCAUUUUUUAGCUGAGAAUCUGGAAAGUUUCAAAAAAAUUGCAGGCGGCACAGUUCCGAACACAAAGUACGUGUUUAUGGGCGAUUACGUGGAUCGAGGACAUUACAGCCUGGAAACGGUCACUCUUCUCUUCUGCCUCCUGCUCAAGUCAGUCAUGUCUACAAUUACUAGAAUUUUUCUGAAUUUUUCAUGCCAUAAAAUUUCAUUCCAUGUUCAAUGCUUUUCUGUAAUUUUUAGUUCAGAGUCAAUAUUUUUGCAGAUACCCUCACCACAUUACCCUUUUGCGCGGAAACCACGAGUCCCGUCGCAUUUCGAACGUCUACGGCUUCUACGACGAGUGUCAGAACAAGUACGGACACGGAAAUGUGCACAAAUGGUUUUGUCGGGUACGUUGAGCUUUACUAGACAAAUUUGUGAUUGAAUAGUGAGAGAGAUUUGUCUUUCUUCAAACCGGAGUAACUUUUCUAGUGAUUCAUUUAUAGAAAACGUGUAAAGAGAUUCGCAGUUCCACGAGUGCGGUAGAGCAGAAAUCGUGCUAACUGUUGUAAAACAGUUUUUUGUUUCACAGCCCUUAGCGGGUUUCCUUCUAUUCUUGUUCAGGCACAACAAAGAUGGGUGCUUACGUUUUAAAAGUUUAUUGAGAAUGGAUAACAAGAUGAUAUAGAGUACAAUAAAUGAAUAAGGAUUGCAUAGAAACAAACGAGAAGUAUAAGAUGAAUGGGGAAAAGAAUAAGAAGAGACAGGAACUAAGAGAAGAGGGACGACAUCACCGAACCUGACAGAUCCCGGCGCUCGGUUUCCUGCGUCAAACUAAUUUUAGCGAAGACAUUUCCUCAUUUUUCCUAAAUUUACCAUUUUCAGGUGUUCGACGUGCUUCCAAUCGGCGCGCUCAUCGACGAUUCGGUCCUCUGUGUUCACGGCGGCCUUUCCCCGGACAUACGGACCGUCGAUUCGCUCAUGCUGCUCGACAGAGCUCAGGAGGUGCCGAAUAAGGUGAAUUGUUGAAAUGUUCGAGUAGUUUUGACCGAGAAAACAUUAUUCAGGGCCCUCUGUGUGACAUAAUGUGGUCGGAUCCGGACGACGAUGUCGACGACUGGGUGAUAAGUCAGCGAGGAGCCGGAUUUGUCAGUUUUCCCUACUUUUUCCAUCUUUUUCUAUUGUUUUUCUACUUGACGCGGUCACAAAAUUGAAACCAUCAUAUUUUUUCAGACACUUUAAAAACUGAACCAUUUUCAGGUGUUCGGCGCGCGGGUGACGGAGGAGUUCCUCGUGGGCAACAAUCUGUCCCUUUUGUGCCGGUCCCACCAGCUCGUCGACGAGGGAUUCAAGUACAUGUUCAACGAGAAUCUCGCCACCGUCUGGUCUGGUACGUUUUCGUUUUUUCCAUAGGUGUUUUGAGUUGAGCGCCGGCAGGCGAGUGAAAGGGUCAUAAUUCGGAAAACAAAUUUGGCAGCCAUGAGGCAAGUUGAUCUAACUGUCUAAAUAACUUCUAUGUGUCAUAUUCGCACAGUUUCCACUCAUUUGAACCCACUAGACUACCUUAUACGAGCACUAGAAUCACUAAUGUCCUUUUUUGAUUGCCGGAGUGCCCUUAUGGCGCCGAAAUCUAGACAUUUGUCACUUUACCUGCCCAGUCAUUUUCUUCAACCUCUUCUUUUUCACGAGCCGUUCCUUCUUUCUACUUCUGAUCUUUUUCCUUUUUGGUUCCCGAUCUUGUUUCCUUGUUGAUUCCCUAUUCUUCUUCUGAUCAUCUCUCAAGAAUUAUUUUUCAAUUUUCUCUCCCGGAUACAUCCUUCAAAUGUUCAUAUUCUCAGCUCCACAAACUUGUGAAUCUUGCUAAUGUCGAUUUUUGCAGCGCCCAACUACUGCUACCGAUGCGGAAACGCGGCGGCCGUGUUCGAAAUCAGCGGUAACGAGUGGACGACGAAAUAUUUCAACGCGGUGCCUGACGGUAACCGCGAGAAGCCCGAAAGAGUCGUCGCCCCGUAUUUCCUCUGA